UUUUUUUUCUCAGCAUCAUCAUUAAAGAAGAAAAUUUUGACCCUUUUUUCCUUCCUUUCAAUUUUUGUGUUCUAUUUUUCUGGGGUGGCUUAUUUAUUGCUAUCAGUAUCAUCACGAUGAUGGGGGCAAAAAAGUUGGAGUCUUUCUUGUAACUUCAACAAAUAGACGGUAGCUUUAGCCUUACAAGUUCUUCCUUUGUUUAGUUUCCUUUUUGUUAUUGUAUUCGGGUUUAGUGCGUGUGUUUCUUUUCUUAUCAUUGUGUCUCUAUGACAGAACUUUUGGGGUGUUGAGGGUGGUGAGGGAUCUGAGGAAGAGGUUUUGAUGAUAUGGGGGCGUGUGUUUCAACUCCACAAGGGUGUGUGGGAGGGAGGUUGAGCUCUUCCAAGAGGAAAACCAGGAAGAGGAGAAGAGGAGGACUCAGGAGAAGAGUUUCUUCUCGGUUGUCUAAAGAAUCAUUGGACAAGGGUGAUGUGACAGGGUUACCUGAUCGUUCCUUUGCCAACUCCGCUUUCCAAGGAAGUAUUGAAGAGGCAUGGUUUGAUUCGGUUGCAGUAUUCGACUCUGACUGUGAUGAUGACUACCAGAGUGUUCCUGAUGAUGUUGUAUCUUUGACUGGGAUAGAAGGUGGAUCCAUAGCAAGUUUCCCAACCUCAAGAGAUGCCAACCAUGGAGUUUCAACUGAUCAGGUGCAGAAACCGAAGGAGUUAUCGGUAGGCUCUGCGGCUGCCAGAAGUUCAGAUGUUCAAUAUUUUGGUGUGGAUGCCAUUGAUUCUCAACGUAGAAGUGAUGGAAAUAUAGUUGAAGUAAACGAGCCUGUGUUCCUUGAUGAUAUUUCCUCAGUGGAUGCAAACUCCAACAAGGAUGACGGAGUUUUGGAUAAUUGUGGAAUUCUUCCAAACAAUUGUUUGCCGUGUCUUGCAUCUACUGUUCCUUCUGUUGAAAAGAGAAGAUCAUCAAGUUCUAGUCCUCCUAAUGCAAGGAAGAAAGCUCCUAUGAAACUUCCCUUUAAAUGGAAGGAAGGACAUGGGAAUUCUACUCUAUUUUCCUCGAAGACACUUCUACAAAGACCAAUUGCAGGUUCUCAAGUACCCUUUUGUCCAAUUGAUAAGCAAAUGCUUGAUUGUUGGUCACAAAUUGAUCCAAGCACUUUCAAAGUUAGAGGAGUAAAUUAUUUCAAGGACAAGAAGAAGGACUUUGCUCCCAACUAUUCUGCAUAUUACCCAUUUGGUGUAGAUGUUUUCUUAUCUCCACGAAAAGUGGACCAUAUAGCUCGGUUCGUGGAACUUCCCCUUAUUAAUUCCUCUGGGAAAUUUCCACCCAUACUUGUUGUAAAUGUUCAGAUUCCACUCUACCCUGCCGCACUUUUUCAGGGCGAAACCGAUGGUGAAGGAAUGAGCUUUGUUUUGUACUUUAAACUUUCAGAAGGUUACUCCAAGGAACUUCCACAGCAUUUUCAAGAAAGCAUUAGAAGGUUGAUGGAUGAUGAAGUUGAAAAGGUAAAGGGUUUUCCUUUAGAUACAAUUGUACCCUUCCGCGAAAGGUUGAAAAUAUUGGGCCGUGUCGUAAAUCUGGAAGAUCUUCACUUGAGUGCAGCAGAAAAAAAGCUUAUGCAGGCCUACAAUGAGAAACCUGUUCUUUCCCGUCCCCAACAUGAGUUUUACACAGGAGAAAAUUACUUUGAGAUUGAUUUGGAUAUGCAUAGAUUUAGUUAUAUCUCAAGAAAGGGGUUUGAAGCUUUCUUGGACAGAUUGAAGGUUUGCAGUCUAGAUGUUGGCCUCACAAUUCAGGGGAACAAACCAGAGGAGCUGCCAGAGCAUGUGUUAUGUUGUAUUAGAUUAAACGGCAUUGACUACACGAAUUACCAACAACUGGGGCUAACUCAGGACCCCCUCUAAUAUAAUAACAAAAGCAUUUGCAAUCUUACAAUUUAUGAUUAAUAAUGGUUAUUUCUAGAAGGGUGUCUAUGGGAGUCCUCAACACAUUUUUCAAUACAUUUUUCACUCUUGGAUCAAAGGAGGGUUGAAUAGCCCUAUAAUAGAAACAUGGACCUACCUACGCCUACUUAAAUUAUGGACAAGUAGGGUCCAUAUUCACAAACGCAGUUACUACUCAUUUAAACAAAAAUUUAUUGUACCAAAGAAACAAAGAUGAACAAACAUAAAUUUGAUCGCGUGGGUUCUUUAUGAGGGUGAUUCCUCAUUGUACAACUAACCCAAGUGAAAAAUGUACCACUGUUGAACGU